AUGACACGUGAAUUCGAGAUGACAGACUUAGGCCUGAUGAGAUUCUUUCUUGGUCUGGAGGUUCGACAAGAAGAAACAGGAAUCUUCAUCUCACAAGAAAAAUAUGCAAAAGAAAUCUUGAAAAGAUAUAAGAUGGAAAGCUGUAAUCCGGCUUCGACGCCAAUGGAACCAGGAACAAAAUUGUCGAAAUUUGAUGGAGGAGAACGUGUCGAAGCAGGAAAAUAUCGAUGUUUGGUAGGAAGUCUUCGCUAUCUCACAUGUACAAGACCAGAUAUCUCAUUAAGUGUAGGCAUUGUAAGUCGAUUCAUGGAGGAGCCAGUUUACACACAUUGGAAAGCAUUGAAGCGAAUUCUGAGGUACAUCCAAGGAACAGUGUCACUUGGGAUGUUUUACUCGAAUUCAGACAAAUACAAGUUGGUUGGUUACUCUGACAGUGAUUGGUGCGGAGACAUGGACGAUCGAAAAAGCACUUCUGGAUAUGUGUUUUUCAUGGGAAAUACUGCAUUUACUUGGCUUUCUAAAAAGUAG